AUGAAGCAAGUGGAAUGUCAUAAAUCGAAGUACAUGCAGCCGCUUUCCGACGGCAGGAACUCGCCUGACGUGUAUUGGAACCAUCAGCAGAAGAAGAGUCAGUAUCCUCCUCAUGGCAGGGGUAGCAGGAGCCCCGAAGCCCUGGCGAGCUACUCCUUUUUGACUGCUUACAAGCCACCGAGGACUCACGCGUGUUCCGGUCAAGUCUGCCCCAAGUACACGUCUUCCCACGGUCCUGACGUGUCGCGCCACGGUCCCCAGAGUCAUUCCAAACUCCCCAGAGACAAGUACGCCGUUAAUUUCUCGAGGAAAAAUCGCUACGACGAGGAAUCGGGGAACAACGAGAAACGAAAUUACUUCGAGGAAGAAUUGGGGAACUUCACCGAGGACGCUGAAGAAGACGUGGAGGGAGAAGCUACAGAGGACGAAGCAGGCGAAUUCUUGGCCAAGGACUACGACGAGCAGGAGGCUGACGAUGAGGUAGACGAGGAAUCCGACGCGCCGCAGACCUACAGAGCCAAGAGAGGUAAGAAGGAGGCGUUGCUGAGGCUACAACGAUGGAGACACUCUGAACAGCAGCAGGACCCCCGAAGACACUGCCAUCAGCAGUGCGUAUCGGCUCAGGGCCAAGGACAUUCCUCAUCUCCCAGGUACUACCACAACGUCGCAGAGCACGACGUCUCCCCGGCCCCGUCAGAAGAAGACUUCGUCCCGACGUCCCUGAAGAGUCCUACGAGACGAUCAGCCGCGGACUAUCAUCAGUGGACGCCUCCCUCGAGAGGCGAGUCUGAUCGCUACGAUGGCUUAGCAAUGCCAAUCCAGCCUCGACGAGCCCGCACGAAACCAGAGAUGGACCACCUGAUAGAGUCCGAGUUGGGCAAACUCAAGAAGUGCAAUCGCUGUGGUAGCCUGUCGAAUAAGAAGAGCGAGCCUCAUAAGAACAACUGCAGGUUCGAUGACCGCUCGAACUUUCCUGCCAAGGGACCAAUCGGCGACGAGCCCGGCAUCCACGAUCAGGCGUACUACGGCCGAAGCAGCCUCAGGCACUCAUCGAAGGACCCUAACGACGUCUCCUCGAGCCCCUACUCGAGUAAACAGCGCAGAUCGAGGGAAGUCAAUUCGCCACCGAUCUACGAAGUCGCCGAGCAUAACCAGCUCGACCACCUCUCGAACGAUUACUCGAGGUCCUCGUCGAGGUACCACAGGAAAGCUGCGGACGUGUUCCCAGAGAAGAUGAAACGUUCCGUGCACACGUCCCACGAUAUUCCGCGCGGGACUCGUUACGAGGAAUAACACCUGGAUUCUCCCAAACUAGAGUCUCGAAUACAUCAAACCACGUCCGGCAACCUGUGAUGUCGUGCAAGCGAAGACCUGGAAGCAUUGAAAAUUCACGUGAAAGUCUUUCGUCUCUAAUCCCGCUUAGGGUCCUAGGGUCCUAGUAAGGCCGUGUUUGGGCCCAUUUUCAUUGGAAGAACCCGGCCAGUCCGAGCAGUCGAUCCUAACCUCAAAAGAUGCUCGUCCAGCGCGACGAGUUAUCCUGCGAUCUUUCGAGGUAUUCCUGCGCUAGCUCGCGUGGGAUGUAGUUACGAGUUUGUAUCCGAUCGAAUGCGUUCGAAGGCACCCCUUCGUCUCGACUUAUCGCGAGAGACUCGUCGGGUGCGAGAACUUAGAGAGCGUCGCGACGUAGUAAUACUUCUAUCCGAUCCUUUACCUCCUAACUGGUUGUGUAAUAUAUAUUUUUGUAACUGUCCUCGAGUAGAUGUUAACUGUGCGUUGUCCGCAACCAGAUUCUGCGAGAGCACCGACACCACUGUACAUAUAGGCGAAGCUACACUUGAUUUGGGUCGAACGCGUCCUCCGCUUCUCGUCCUCGCUGUGACGAUCUUCUAACCACGUUUCUUCGGCACCGACGCACAAAAAUCGAUUGUAUAUACGUAACACCACUUAUGUUUCUUGUGUACACGUACGCGUACAUGUUGCAAAAAAAAAGGAAAUAAAUCUUCGAAUCUAUACGUGGCGAGUCAAUCUUUUUCCUUCUCGUCCUUCGUACAUUUACAUCCUUGCUUGGAGUCGUUAACGUUGAUCGAACUAAGGGACAGGUCGGAUGGAUGAGACACAUUUGAUUAAUAAAUGAUAAUAUAUUUAACAUAAGAAAUGAAAUAUGAAAUUAGA